AUGUUCCGGCCACACUACGUGCACCAGCUCACGCACAUGCUCCUGCCCAGCAGAGACGUGGAUCGCACGUCCCACGUUUUCAUCCAGCUUCAGCUGUGCGUUCAGUCUCCUCCGAGGCAGUGCAUCGAUCUACACUUCGAGGAGAACUAUUCAAUCGAAUCUUCUUGGGAAUGUAAAUUUGACAACAUCGAGGUUCGGGAUGGACCAUUCGGCUUCUCCCCGAUGCUUGGUCGGUACUGCGGGCAGCAAAGCCCGCCGGACAUUAGGAGCAGCGGCCGAUAUCUGUGGAUAAAAUUUGUAACUGAUGGAGAACUGGAAGGGGUGGGAUUUUCAGCCAGUUACAACUUCACAGCAGAUCCAGACUUCGCAGACUUGGGAGUCCCCCCACCUCUGCCCUCCUGUCAGUAUGACAUGGUUGGUCCUGAAGGCAUUGUUGAGUCUCAUCAGAUCACCCGAGACGGGAAGGCCGGUGCCGCCGAGGCCGUCGAUUGUAAAUGGUACAUCCGGGCUCCGCCUCGUUCCAAGAUCUACCUACGUUUUCUGGACUACGAGAUGGCAAACUCCAACGAAUGCAAGCGCAACUUUGUAGCGGUGUACGAUGGUGGAAGUUCGGUGGAAGAUCUGAAGAGCAAGUUCUGCUCCACGGUGGCCAACGACAUCAUGCUGGUCUCCACUCUGGGAGUCAUCCGCAUGUGGGCCGACGAACUCAGCCGCAGGAGUCGCUUUCGCAUCCUUUUCACCACCUAUCAAGAGCCGCCGUGUGACGCCGAUGCCUUCUUUUGUCACAGUAACAUGUGCAUAAACUACACGCUGGUGUGUAAUGGCCUGCAGAACUGUGUCUACCCCUGGGAUGAGAACCAGUGUAAAGAGAAAACCAACACCAAAUUUCUGGACAACCUGAACUCUACAAACGGAGCCAUAAUUGGUGUCACCUGCUGCAUUGUCUUCAUCCUCCUCAUCAUCUCAGUGAUUGUCCAGAUAAAACAGCCGCGUAAGAAGUACAUCUUGCGGCGUGAAGACUUUGACCCCACCAUGUUUCAGGAGGUCUUUGAGCCCCCUCACUACGAGCUGUGCACGUUACGGAGUGCCGCCGCACCUACGGCAGCUUCGGCUGAUUUAGUCGACUUGGCAGAAGACUUUGAGAACUACCACGCCCUUCGCAGGGCGUCUUCUCGCUGCAUCCAUGAUCACCACUGUGGCUCCUCCUCCAACCCCGGCUCCUCACACAUAUCCCAGCUGUCACUCAGUGGACGGGGCAGCCGUAGCAACUUGAGCGCCCGGGACACCGGAGCCGCCACGCUGCUCGCCGACCUCCCACAGCCGCCUAUGUCGGUGCGCCCCCUGCUGCCGACCACAGGAAACCGCAGGAGCAUCUUAGUCAUGAAGCACAGCUACUCGCAAGAGGCGGCGGACAAUGGAUGUGACCUCGACGAUGACCUGGAAGAAGUUCCCACCACCAGCCACCGACUGUCACGGCAUGAAAAGGCGGUACAGCGACGUCUUGAGAAUAAUGCUAUCCUGGAUCAGUGCGAGCGGAGCGGAGAUGAUGCUGCAGUCGAGGGGACACUUUGA